AUGAGCAUCUACAAUCCUCCCACACUCGAACACCUGGCAAUGGAGGCGCUGCUGAGGAAUGAUGCCAUAGACUUCUCCGAUCUGGAGGACCUGCCAACUAUAUUUUUCCCAUCACUCCUCAAAGAGGCCUUCAGUGGCAGACAUACAGAGAUAUUGAAGGCAGUGGUGGCAGCCUGGCCCUUUCCAUACCUCCAUGUGGGGUCAUUGCUUAAAACCAAUGACGUGGAGAUGAUGCAAGCCGUGCUGGAUGGCAUAGAUAUAUUACUGACACAGGAGGUUCGUCCCAGGGGGAAGCUUCAAGUGUUAGACUUGAGGGAUAUGCACCAGGAUUUCCGGGAUGUAUGUGCUAGAAGAGAGUAUGGAGGCUGCUCAGCAGGUAAAGCAUACAGGAAGCAAGUCCCAGUGAACCUUCCUAGCUAUGUACUGGGACAGCAUUUGAAGGUGAUAACCAACUUGAGCCUCUUCUUCAAUCUGAAUGAAGACCAAAAAUGCUUCCUUCAGUGGGCCCAGAAGAGAAAAGACUCUUUGCAGCUAUGCUGUCUGAAGAUGAAGAUUUGUGUCUUCCCACUGGAGAUUAUCAAGGAGAUCUUGAACAUUUUCCAGCCUAAUUACUUGGAGGAAUUGGAAAUAUGCACACCGGAGGUCCUGUCUUUCCUACAUUUCUUCGCAUAUUUCCUUGGCCAGAUGAGAAAUCUUCUCAAAUUCCAUCUAAAUCAAAUUCACUUCAAAGAUAAUGUUGUGGAUACAGUGAGAGAUAUAAAGAAAUAUGCUGGCAAAUUCUUUUCUCAGUUCUCUGAACUCAGUCAUCUCCAGCAUCUCUACAUGAAUGGUGCCUACUUUGCCAAUGGCAACAUGAAAGCAUUGUCCAGAUGCCUGAAGAGCUCCUUGGAUUCCUUGUCUAUUACUUUCUGCAGACUCUCAAUGUCAGACUUGAAACACAUGUCACGGUGUCAGAGACUCUAUCAACUAAAACACCUGCACUUCACUAGUGUAGUGUUUUCCAAAUCAUGCUUCAAGAGUCUCCAUAUUCUCCUAGAGCAUGUUUCUGAAACUCUGCAGAGCCUGCAGUUAGAGCACUGCAGGAUGAAGGACUCUCAGCUCAAAAUCCUCUUGCCAGCCCUGAGCAAGUGUUCCCAGCUCACCAGUGUCAAUUUCUAUGGCAACAACUUCUCCAGUAGUGUACUGAAAGACUUUCUGAAAUGCAUGGCCAAUCUAAACAAGUUGACUGUAGAGUACUACCCUGCCCCUCUAGAGUGCUAUGAUCACUUGGGUCAUGUUGUGAUGGAGAGAUUUUCCCAACUAUGCCCUGAGCUCAUGAAUAUACUCAUAGCCAAAAGGCAACCCGAAAUAAUCCUCUUUGCUACAGCCACCUGCCCUCGUUGUUGGAAGCAUUGUGCCUAUGGAACGAAGACUACACUUUGCCUUUGUUGGCAGGAAAUAGUAGAUUGA